AUAGAGCUCUUUGUCAAGGCUGGUUAUGAUGGUGAGAGUAUUGGAAAUUGCCCAUUUUCUCAGCGUCUAUUUAUGAUUCUGUGGUUAAAGGGAGUUAUAUUUAAUGUCACCACAGUGGACUUGAAAAGGAAGCCGGAGGACUUGCAGAACCUGGCCCCUGGAACCAACCCUCCUUUUAUGACUUUUGAUGGUGAAGUCAAGACAGAUGUGAAUAAGAUCGAGGAGUUCUUAGAGGAGAAAUUAGCUCCCCCGAGGUACCCUAAGCUGGGGACCCAACACCCUGAAUCUAACUCUGCAGGAAAUGAUGUGUUUGCCAAAUUCUCUGCAUUUAUAAAAAACACCAAAAAGGACACAAAUGACAUUUAUGAAAAAAACCUGCUAAAGGCACUCAAGAGGCUGGACAAUUACCUAACUAACCCUCUGCCUGAUGAAAUAGAUACCUACAAUACCGAGGACAUCGCUGUGUCUGGGAGGAAGUUUCUGGAUGGGAAUGAGCUCACCUUAGCAGACUGUAACCUCCUACCCAAGCUUCAUAUUAUUAAGAUCGUGGCCAAGAGAUAUAGAGAUUUUGAAUUUCCUCCUGAAAUGACAGGCCUCUGGAGAUACUUGAACAAUGCCUACGCUAGAGAUGAGUUCACAAACACGUGUCCAGCCGACCAGGAGAUUGUACACGCAUAUUCAGAUGUUGCAAAAAGAAUGAAGUGA